AUGGCAGGUAGGCUUCCACAAGGCCCGCCAGAGAACCCCGUGCCUCGGGAUCCCAACCUGGCCUGCUCGACUGGGAGAGGCAAUCAAUCAUACCCUUACGGGGCCUACUCGCCGAACUUGACUAUUCACCGAAGCGGCGAGCCUUCCUUGCCCUUCCCACCGUUCUCGUCACCCUCAGACUUUGGCUCAACGCACACCUGUGUGCCGUCUGGACAUGGUGUCGGGCAGCGAACAGACCCAAGGACUCCAUCCAUCUUGAUCAAUGAAUUCUACCAGGACCUCGACAACAAGGUUUAUCAGGCCGCCUUACAAUCCCCAUAUUCCUCGGCGGCUGGUUCUUUAGACGAAUCCUUCAUCUCCGAGAGACAGCCUGUUUUCCCUGUUCAUGGUGCCUACGGAGCGAGACUCGUCCGAACCGAGAGUCGUGACAGCAACGCCAGUGGUUACGAUGACACAGCGUCGAUUGCCCACAGCUGCGGCUCAGCAAAUGAUAGCUUUGACUUUGACCGUCCACAAACCAGUCUCGUCACCCCCGCGACCAGCGCCGGCUACUCGAAAAAUGUCUUUCCUGCGAGCGCUCCGGGACCGCUCGGCGGCCCGCGGCCCUCGCCCGCCACCAGUAGCCCCUAUCUUGGUGGGCAGCUCACUACCACUCCCCCCAAGACCUCCGUGAAGCCCCGGUUCGGCCACUCGAGGACCCCCUUGAACGAUCCGCCACCAGGGGCACACACAAACUACUCCGGGACACAGGAACCAUUGCUUGCAUGGCCUGCGCCCGAGCCGUAUGGUGAUGUGUUGGAGCAUGACUUCGGCAGUGUUCCGUCCUCCAAUACUCACCCCCUGGAUCACUUUCCCACCUCUGCGUCGAAUCACAACUUUGCCGAGCCACUGCUUGAAACGCAAGCAUUAUGGAUCGACUCGCCAGCUCCCCCAAGAAGUCACCAAUCUCUCUUGACAGUACCUCCACGAACGAGGAGAAGAGCCUCUGAGUCGCAACGACCUAGACCCUUCUCGACCGGUAGCGAGCCCAUAGCAAUUCCAGGAAGAUCGCCUUCGCAGGCCUUGCAUCGGUACAUGCCUCAAAACAGCCCUACUCAGCCUCACUCUCCUGCGGCUCCCGAGAUGUUCAGGUCGAGUAGGAUUGUCUCAGCCGCCUCGUUACCCCUACCAAGAUCCACUACUUCAGGAGGAGUUCGAGGUAAACGAAAUGGCCCCAUGAAGACACCAGCACGCGAGUCCGCCAAAAAGACGCGGACUGACAGGUCCAUUUGCAUUGCUUGCAAACAAAAAAAGCAGGGAUGCAUAAGACCCAUGGAAUCUCCGAAUUCAUCCUGUGUCAACUGUGUGAAACAUGCCUCUAAGCGACCAGGCCCUUGCUUCAGAGCGUACUUUGACGAUAUUGUGAGCUCUGGCGCUCUCAACUAUAUUUCGCAGCGUGCCAUACACCAUAUUUCAAUAGAUGGAAGUAAACGCAUCUGUAAACCGCUUCCAGAGGAGUUCCCUCUUGAUGAAGUGAUCCGAACACUUCAAAGCGUCGCAGGUCGUUUUGACCUAAGGGUCAGUCAGGGCGGACGAUCGAUGUACGUCCUUAGAUUGGAUCAGUGUCGAAACUAUUUAUCAAGGCUCCGCGACCUUUAUUUGCAAAAGGGCUAUGAGCCGAACAUGAGCGCGUUUAUCGACAAGGAGCUGUUUCAAGACAGGCCGAGAUCAGACAACUGGACUUCAAUGAUCACCGACUGUCAAGCCAGCACCAAGGACGAUAAGAUUGCACUGCUGUUGGCAUUGGGCAACAUGCCGAGCCGGGCCACAUAUUCGUACGUUCCUUUACCUCAUCGACACGCGAAACAAAACUCUUUGAGCGGUCGAAACAUCGAUCCCGAGGCUGCUCAUGAAGAAAAAUACCUUACCUGCGCUGCCCAUUUGGCCCGCAUCAUUGCACGCAAAGUUGAAGUUGAAGCAUACACUCAUAUCCAGACACGAUGCCACAACGCCAAUCAGCUGUCAGACGCAGAUCUAAACCGUCUCCUACAAAAUAUCGGACUUCUACUCGUGUCCUUGCGAUGGCGCCACACUUGGUGGGGUAUGCUAGGCGAUGGCACUGUCCAGUGCGAGCCGCAUCGAGGAGACUACGAGGUCCGUGUGCGGGAGUUAUGUGAAGGGUUGUACUUUUGGUUUUGUUCACUAAGAAGACGCUUCCCACCAUCGCCAGCAGAUGUUUCGGACAAGCUUUCGGGUGUUCAUUCACAUUAUGCAGACACAACGAAUAGUGUCUGGGACGCGUUUCCAGGACGAGAUCAGGAGAGUCGUGAAGGAUUCAAUGUGUGGUUGGGCCACGGGCCUGCAUUGGUUAUACAGGCUGGGGCUGCUACCACUGUCCACACGGGACUUGUGACUUCUUUGUCGUGAGUGGUGUUAUCUUUUCUACUUCGGUGUAAUGUGCGGGUUUGCUUUGUGGGGUUUUACGCCAAUGAUGGGGGUUUACGAGUAACAUGACGGCCGAGGAAAGAGGUAUUUUCACCAUGCGAACCAGACUCAUGGAUACUAUACUACAGGCAAUGUUUGGCGUUCAAGAUUAUAUGACACAUUACUUGAUUGAAGA